UUGAACAGAAGUGCUCUAUUUGCCACGCAGAUCGGACGUAUUUUACUCGUAGAUACAUUGCGGCUCGGUACAGUUUGAUUUCCAGUGAAGAGACUGACUAAUAAAUAUCCAAUUUGAAUAUUUCAAAAGUGAUACUUGUGAUACCAUAGAUAUAGAUUGUGUAAUAAUGCCACGCAAAAAGCGCUCCUCCAGCCCAAUGGACCUUUUUGACGACGAUUUCGAUGAGGAUGCCAGCUCUCAAAGCUCCCAGCCGCCGGUGCAGCGGAAUGCGGCCAAUGCCCGUGAGCGAAUGAGGAUGCGGGUGCUAUCCAGCGCCUACGGCCGUCUGAAGACCAAGCUGCCCAACAUUCCGCCGGACACGAAGCUUUCCAAAUUGGACACGUUACGUUUGGCCACGCUCUACAUUAAGCAGCUAAUUACGGCGGUCGAAACUGGGAGCAAUAGCAGUCACAGUCACUCCCACAGCCACUCGCACCACCAGAUGCACCACCACCUCAACCAUAGCCACUCGAGCACCACCAGUUCCGAGGGUCUGGACACGAGUCACAUGGCAGAGGGAUCGGGAUCUGGAUGUGGAGCAGGCAAUUACCAUUUCCACAACAACGGACACGGCAUGAGCUGGCCCUUUGAGUUCCACCAGAGCAGUCGCAGUCUAGCCACCACCGCCUCCGCUCGCCUGGAUUGGCAAUCGCUGCAUCCUCCAUCGUAUCCAAAGUCUCGAAGUGACAACCAUGUUGCAGCGGAUCUCAGUUACCAUCAGUUGCCAGAGGCCCACAGUAGUCACUGGUAUCCGGCGGAAGUGCAUCAACUAGAGCCCACAGCCAGCUGCUCCUAUGAAACCGGCAUGGGGCAGCAUCAGCGGGGGAUAGCCCAUGGCAUUUAAUCAUAAACGUUGUUUUCUCACCCAAGCCAAAUGUAAUUUACCACCUAAGUAAGUGUAUUUAAACGUGAUUUACCUUUACAUGUAUUCGUAUGUGCAAGCCUAAACUUAAUGCCAAAAGGCCAAAGAUUGGUGUUACCUCAUGAUCUUUUUACUAGCAAAUAUAUCAAUGUUUUUU